AUGACUCCUUCGAAGCACCCCUCGGAUGGAAAACAGGGUGCCAACAGUUUACUUUAUAACCUAGGCCUGACAAUCAUGAAUGUCUGCCUCGGCAUCUCGGGAGCCGCACUAUUCAUCGGCACAUCGUCAUUCAUAUCAUUGACAGCCGGGUACGCUCUCAUAGAGAUCGGCCGACAGUCCUUGACACUCAUGAAAUCCGUUUUGGCUGCCUGGCUGGUACCUGUCGACCAGGAGGAAGAAGAGGGGCCUCAAGGAGGUGAUACCAGGCCACUUCUCGAACCAAGAGAUUUUCCAAAUUACGGAGCAAACGGUCACACGGCAGGGCCCCAAGACGCUGUGGAACAAAAUUCGGAGUCAUCGUCUUCUCCAGGUCUUCUCUCUGGCAUCGCAAGCCAUGAGGCAGAGGAAAAGCGGGUUGUCAUUCCUCAGCGGAAUACUGUGCGCGAACAGAAGCGACUCGUCGGUUUCGGUAUCGACGUCCUCCUCGAAGCCGUGCCCAAGCUUGCAAUAGGGCCCACAAUGCACAGUCUACUACAGCUGCAGAAACAGAGCUCAUGGUGCUGGCCGUAUGUUUUCGUGGCUGCCUCUAGUACACUCGCACUUGUCUUCUUGCUAGCAGCUACCUGGUUCUCGUGCUUGGAAGUGGAGGCCAGUGACAGCUAUAGCAACUCCAGCGAAGUCACAGACCAGCAGGAGGGAGAAAUCUAG